GAACCCAAAAAAACUCAACAACCAAACGUAUGCAUCAGUAGUCAGUACCACUGGCACUGUCCUAGCAAUUGCGCACUAAAAAAAAAAAAAAAAAACUCCCAUUUCUACUCUUCUGCCGCAGCUACAAACUAAACCAAUCAUCCAUCCCCAAACCCAACACACAGUUUUCCUUUACAAAAACAAAACCCAAAGCUCCAAACACACAGUAUCCUUCCUCGCUUGUGCUCCGAGUGAGAGAGAUUCGAUGGGCUACUCGAACUUCGGCGGGGGAAACAAUUUGGAUGACUCUCAUGAGCAGCUUAUAGAGAGAAAUCCGCCGCGGAAUGUAUGCAGCGAAACCGUGGCUGAUAAUGAUCAUGGUCAUCUCAAGAAACCCAAGAUAAACAAGUUCGCUCUCAUCUGUGCAAUUAUGGCUUCCGUGGCUAACGCCUUACUUGGUUAUGACAUUGGAGUGAUGAGUGGCGCGGUGAUCUACAUCAAAGACCAAUUCAGCAUCUCCGACGUCCAAGUAGAACUGUUGGUGGGAACCCUAAACAUCUACUCCCUCUUCGGCUCCAUCGCCGCCGGACGAAGCUCCGACUGGAUCGGCCGCCGCUACACCUUCGUCAUAGCCGCCGCUAAUUUCCUUGCUGGGGCACUGCUCAUGGGCCUCUCCACCAGUUACACCUUCCUCAUGAUCGGCCGUUUCUUCGCCGGGAUCGGCGUCGGUUUCGCCUGCACGGUUGCACCCGUCUAUACCGCCGAGGUGGCCCCUGCAUCCUACCGUGGAUUCCUAACUACCUUUCCUGAGGUUUUUAACAACGUCGGAAUUCUGAUUGGGUAUGUCUCAAACUACGGAUUCUCGAAGCUUCCAGCAAACCAAGGGUGGCGAUUCAUGCUGGGAAUCGGGGCAGUCCCAUCCGUCAUCCUCGCCGUCGGCGCCUUAGUCAUGCCGGAAUCACCUCGAUGGCUUGUAAUGCAAGGCCGACUUGCAGAUGCCAGACGAGUAUUGGACAAGAUUUCAGACACCAAGGAGGAGUCACGACACAGACUAGACGAUAUCAAGGAAGCUGCGGGGAUCCCAAGAGACCACAACGACGUCGUUGCGGGCCGAAAACGAACCACAGGGGAAGGCGUGUGGAAAGACCUAAUAAUCCACCCAACCCGCCGCGUGCGCCACGUGUUGCUCUGCGCCCUAGGGAUCCACUUCUUCCAGCAGGCCAUCGGCUUCGACACCGUCAUCUUGUACAGCCCGAGAAUCUUCGAGAAAGCAGGAAUCACAUCGAACAACGAGAAGCUCCUGGCCACGGUGGCUAUGGGAGUAAUGAAGUUGGUUUUCGUCCUGGUGGCGAUGAUUCUACUGGACAAAGUCGGCAGGCGCCCGUUGCUUCUGACGAGCUACGCCGGGGUGUUCGUCUCGCUGGCCACGCUCGCAACCAGCCUCACGGUCAUCGAACGGGACCCGACCGAAACGGUCCCGUGGGCGGUGGUUGUGUCCGUCUCCAUGGUGCUGUCGGCGGUGGCGUUCUUCUCGAUCGGAGCGGGGCCUGUCACGUUGGUAUACAGCGCAGAGAUAUUCUCGCUUCGGUUGCGGGCGCAAGGGAUCGGUUUGGGGAUGGUGGUGAAUCGGGUGGUGAGUGGGGCGAUCUCGAUGACCUUCUUGUCGCUCUACAAGGCCAUCACGAUCGGAGGGGCGUUCUUCCUCUUUGCCGGGGUUUCGGUGGUUGGGUUCGUCUUCUUUUUCCUCUUUUACCCCGAGACGCAAGGGAAGACGCUCGAGGAGAUCGAAGGGCUUUUUGGAAGUUUCCUUCAUUGGAGAUCGGCUGAUUUUAAGGGUGGGAAAGAGGAGGAGGUGAAUGAAGGGGAGAUAUAGGGUCGAUUUGGAUCACAAACUGUUAAAAAAAAAGGCUUCCAAGCAAUGAUUCAAGAAACAUAUAUAGAGAUUUUAAUUUUACUUUUGAUCAAGCGGUUGGAACGUAAUCUACAUGACUGAUGAAGACCUAUCCAUCUUUUCUUUGACUCUAAGUUAAUUGGAGUGUGAAUUAUGAGUAAUUCGUGUGAAUUAUGACUAUUUGAAUUUUUGUCAUCCAUAAAUAAUUUUUUUUAGU